CGUGCAGACAGUAUUUUUAGCAUAUUUGCCACAAGCGGGCGGAGCUAAGGAGGCUGAGAUGGAGGGAUGCUGCUGAAGAGAUAGCAGGUGGAGACGCUGAUGUUUACGGAUGCAUUUUGCUGAGGGUGGAUCACAGGAAGCUGCAUAGGAGAUUUUGUUGGGGUGUUUUGUGGUGAAAGUGAAUUUCCCUCUGGGGACGGUCUUUAUUUAUCCUGAACCGCUGAGAGGACAGAUCCCAGCCGCUGCUCAGUCGACUGAAAGCCUCCGUCUGUGUCUGUCGUGUCGCUGGAGGUUGCGACGAUGUGAUGCUCCAUCGUUGGAUCGACGGCCGCAGCCUCUUCCCCUGAAACCUGAUAUUAUGCAGGGAGCAAGGGGCACUGGACGGAUUAAAGGGGAACAAAGUACCGGUUUAGAAAACGUUUUGCAAACUGGCAGUAUUAGCCAACUAUGGUCGACCCCUCGGAGGCUGAGGAGCAGAAUAAGUGUAAAGGCCCGCAGCUCGAGACACCAGCUGUGGCCACUGAAGACCCUCGACUGCCAGAACAGGCCGAUGGGACGACGACAGAGGAGGAUGGGGAUGCCGGUUUUGAGACACCGCCCACCGGCAGUUCUGAGCCAAGCCCCUGCCACACUGCGUCCCCGGCGGGGCCAGACGCCGUCUCUCAGACGCCCCCACCUCAGCAACCACAGACUCAGACUGAAAGAGAUUCGUCACCCAAAUUGCACCUGGACCUGUACAACUUUGACUCGCCAGCCGCAGAGGGCAGCCGCUACGUGUUAACAAGCCCUCACUCUCUGGAGGCGUGUGCCCGAUGUGGGGUCAAACCUGUGGAGCUCUUGCACCGCCCGCUAGCUGACUUUGCCCGGGAGGCUCCUGGCCGCUCCAUGCGCGUUGCGACAGGGCUGUUUGAAGUCUACGAGAGGGACAGGCACGCCAAACUCAGGCAGUGCAGGGAGGAGAGGGAGAGGAUUAUUAGAGAAGAGAAAAGAAGGAUUCUGCAGGCAACAGUCAAUAGCAGCAGUGCGUCAUCCUCCUCUGUGGAGAAGCAGCAAAAAGCCUCCUCUGGCUCCACUCAGCCUCUCAAAUCUGGGCCGGUGACCUCUAGUUCUGCCCCUGAUUUUGCAGCAUCCUCUAGAGCCACAGCAUUAGGUCCAACCUCAAAAACAGGUACAGCUCUUUUAUCUAAAGCCCCCGCCUCCAUUCUAAGUACCUCCCCUAAAUCUAUCCAUGCAGGAUCUACUCAGUCCUCAAAAACUGGUUCCACACCCUCUACACCGUCCUCCAAGGGUGGCUUCCAAGGAUCUACCAAGCAUCCUUUGUCCUCCUCAUCUGAACAAGUAAAAACCACACGGCCGCUCUCAUCUGGCCCCCCACCGAUAGUCAGGAAGUCCUCAGGCGGUAAAUCUUCAAACACUUUCCCCAGAUCAACACCAAAACCCCCCUCCUUCCCCAGAGCCAAUUCUACAUUAACAUCAUCAGUGUCAAAGCCUGCAGUCCAGAGCUCUGGGACUCCUCUAAACGGUGUAACAGGAGGACCGUUCUCUCAGCACAAUGGACAUCUUGGAAUUCAUUCCAAGGUGCGAGGAAAAAGCCAUUCGCUGGAGUCCUUACAGCGGAGGAAGGAUCCCGUCUGCUCUUCAACCUCCACCACCACAACUACUACUACGUGCACCUCAUCAGAGUCGGGUGCCUCCUCAUCUUACAGUUGGGAUGGUGCACGAGAUCACUGGGCUAAAGUCUCCAGUCCUCGAGCUCGCACUAUGGCCACUUUCAACUCCCUGAUGGGCCGCAGUCUCAGCCUCGGUGACCUGAGCCACUCUCUUCAGACCACACAGAAGGUGGAGCGCAUAGUAAAGGAGGUGAAACGCCGAGGCCUGAAGGCCGUGUCUGAGCGCGAUCGCAAGAUUGCAGCUCUGAUGCUCGCCAGAUACCAGGAGGAAGACAUCAUGAGUCAGACCCGCUACGUGGCUCACCUUCAGUGGGAUAGUGAACGCAGAAUGGAUGAGCUGCGGCGGGAGCAGGAGGACAGAGAGAAGCAGCGUGCAGUGCUUCAGUGCCAGCGGGUGUGGCAGACCCAGGUGUCGAUACGUCAGCGACGACUCAGCCAGCAGGAGCGACAGUCAGCAGCUGCCAAAAUGCGUCAGGCUGAGGAGAACGAGGAGCGAUGGAGGGAGCUUGCGGAGCAGCAGGAGCGCAACCGUCUGCUGAGGUUACAGCAGGCAGCUCGAGAGGAGAAGCAUAAGAAAGCUCUUCAGGAACAGAACCUGAAGGCCCUGGAGGAAGAGCGGGCGGCCAUGCUGGAGCAGGAGAGGCUGCUGCUGAAGGAGAAGCUCACCAUGGCCGAGCUGAAGAGGCAAGAGAAGGAGCACCAGGCCCAGGAGGACAGACGAGGUCUGAACAAAGCAGAGAAGAGACGUCACGCUGCUCUGAUACAGGAGAUUGCUCGCAGAGAGCAGGAGGAGAGGGAGGAGGCCAGGAGGGCGGCAGAGGAGAAGCUCAGCCGCUCCCUGGAGAAUUACGAACAGAUAGUUGAGCGUCGAGGGCAGGAGCUGAAAGAAAAGGCCAAGCGUGAAGAGAAGCAGAUCCAGAAAGCACGCAAAGCAGCAGAGAAGCGCGAGAAACAACAGCAGCAGCUUCUGGAAGCUCGCGUGAAGGAGGCAGAGAAAAGAGCCCAACAGGCAGCUUUAGUGGCCGAGGAGAGGGCCAAGGAGAAAGCUCAGCGGGCCGUCCAAAGCCGGCAGGAGAAGGAAAGACUCCAGAGGCUCAACAGGCAGCGAGUGGAAGAGGAGGAGAAGCAGAGGCGUCUGGAGCUGCUCCAGUCCAUUGAGAGGAAGCUGGAGAAGAGUGAGCAGAUCUUUAAGGAAAAGAGGGCGGUGCUGGAGAGUGCUCGCUCUGUGGCGCGAGCCUCUUUUCAUGUACGAGACAAAGUGCGGGAGGAGACCAACAUGCGUACUUUUGAUAAAAUGGCCCUGGAAGCUCAACUCAAAGCCAGCCUGGAUGAGAAAUAAACCCAUAGCUUUGUCGUGGACUCCUUACUUCUGGUCAUGUGCUUGGCUCUAGCCUUCAUUGUGGCCCUCAUCACUCAACAGCUUUACCCUUUUUUCCCAUAAAGACCCACAAUGUUGUUUUUUCCUUACAUAUCUUCACCCAUCAACUGGUUUUAAAUACAUUUUUGAACAUCAGUUUUGUUAUAAAUCAAAGAAACCAAAUUAUUUUGUAUCAUGGAUGUAAUGAGACUACAAACUACUACAGCUGUUGCAAAUGAACAGUGAAGCCUGUAUGGGACAUACAGUGGACUUCAUAUUCGAUGAGAGUGUAGAGAAAGCUGCCUUGUGCAGCAACACAACCCCUCCUCUCUCCUCCCCUUUGCCCUCUGCUCCAUCUAUCUCAGCUACUGGACUGAAAGCUGUGCAGGAAUGAAAAGAGUCAUUGUUUACCAGGAAGCACAACUCCAUGACAACUGCAGAGGCUUUUAAGGGAGCACUUCUAUAAGGGGAAAACUAAGCGCAAAUGGUUCUAGACCCCCAAAGCAAAUGAAGGAUCCUUUUGUACACACACUGUGACACAGCUAGAUAUAGCAUGGAAGUAAAGCCCUGGGCUGGACACUUGUCCGUACGUAACCGCUGACAAUGCAGCACAGGAAGACCACGUGCACAAGCCCUGUGCUGAUGAAGCAUCAGAGGACGCUGAUUCCUGCAGAAGGGGCUGUUCUCCCUCCCUCAUAUUCCCUGCAAGGACUCUCUCUCUGUCUGUCUCUCCUCUUCAUGUCAGUGAAGCAGUGAAGCGGUCUGAGGGACAGCCACCUUUCAACUCCCCCGCAGUCGAUCUAUCUGCUCCCAGCACAGCCGCCUGGUGACCGAGUCAAGGUCAACAGGUCCUUGUGAUGAACAAGAGCGGGUGUAACCUACGACCCUCGUGCCAGAACUUUUCUUCCCACGCUGAACUUUAUCACAGUGUAAAACACGAGUCUCUCCUCCGAUGGAAAACGCAUCCAUAUCAAGAGUUUGUA